AAGGGGCUUUCACAGGGGGGGUGCCCAAUCUGCUAGCUGCCGGAGAUACUUGAGCCGGCAUGGCAGAGGCGAAGAGCCCAAGCAAGGAGGACCACGAGGAAGAGGAGGAGGCAGAGGAGGAGGAGGAGGAGAACGAGGAAUCCGGCCCUGCCGGCGAGAAGAAGAAGAAAAAGAAGAAGAAGAAGCCGGCCAAGAAGGAGGGCGGAGGCUACCCAGAUGCCUUCCUGGUCCAGACGCGCUGGCAGAGGCAACAGUAUACAAAGGAGGCGGCGGACGGAGACGCGCAGCAGCAGCUCCUGCAAAUGCUCCGGAAGCGGGGGCCAUGCGAGGACGGAUCCGAGAAGGAGUCGCGGCGGCAAACGGCCCGGGAGCAUGCCUUUUGGGACACCCAGCCGGUGCCGUCUAUGAGCUCGGAGUACGGCCAGGACAGCGGGCCACUGGAUGAGGUCCGCACGCCCGAGGAGGUUCGAGCAGAGCCCUACGCUUUGCCGGACAAGUUUGAAUGGUGCACCUGCAAUGUCGACGACGAACAUGAGAUUCAGGAGAUCUACAGCCUCUUGACCGAGAACUACGUGGAAGAUGACGACAGCAUGUUCCGCUUCGACUACUCCAUCCAUUUCCUGCGCUGGGCGCUGAAGCCUCCGGAGUUCCUCAGGAGCUGGCAUUUGGGCGUCCGUGUGCAGGGUGGAGGGAAGUUGGUGGGCUUUAUCACUGGCAUCCCCGCGCACAUUCGGGUCCUGGAGAAGUCCAUCAAGAUGGCGGAGAUCAACUUCCUUUGCGUCCACAAGCGGCUCCGCUCCAAGCGCCUGGCCCCUGUGCUGAUCAAGGAGAUCACUCGCAGAGUGAACCGGGAGAACAUUUGGCAGGCGGUCUACACAGCAGGAGUGGUGCUUCCCAGGCCGAUCAGUGAAUGCCGCUACUGGCACCGAUCGCUGAACCCCAAGAAGCUCAUCGAGGUCGGCUUUUCCCACCUUGGGGCGCGGAUGACCAUGGCGCGCACCAUCAAACUCUACAAGGUGCCCGAUGCUCCACAAAUUGCUGGCAUGCGGGAGAUGAAGAAGGAGGACGUUGGCCGGGUGCAUCGCUUGGUGGCGAACUAUCUGAAGAAGUUCACAUUGCACCCGGAGUUUACGCCUGCAGAGAUCGAGCAUUGGAUGCUGCCACGACCUGGCGUUGUGUAUUGCUAUGUUCGUGAGAACGAGAAGGGCGAGGUCACGGAUGUGUGCUCAUUCUACAGCCUGCCCUCUUCGAUUUUGGGCCAUCCGAAGCACAACACGUUGCGGGCGGCCUAUUCCUACUGGAACGUGGCCACCACUGUGCCCCUGCAGGACUUGAUGUUUGACGCACUGAUCCUGGCAAGGCAGCAGGACUUUGACGUCUUCAACGCGUUGGACAUCAUGGAGAACGAGUCCUUCCUGAAGGACCUGAAAUUCGGCAUCGGCGACGGCUACCUGCAGUACUACCUCUACAACUGGAAGUGCCCGAGGAUUGAGCCGCGUGGGAUUGGUUUGGUGCUCCUUUAGAGGAUCGCAGCCGGCGGCCAUAUCUUGUCGCCUUCGCUUUUUCCUUUUGCAAGAAACCUGGCAACCUGAACACUGAAGCACAGUCUUGGACGGCAGCUGACUAGGCAUUGAAGUCAAAUCGCGUCCCGUGGCAAAGCUGGCCGAUUGGGCUGGCCUGGUUGGGCUUGCGAUCCGGGAUGGCCAAGCCGGGCAUCGGCCCUCGGCCCAAAGACUCGUAAGCGGCACUGAGCAUAGGUUUCCUGGAC